UUCUGUGAUUAGGUUUCAUUUUAAUAACUUAAUUUUGUGUCCUGCUUCUGAGUUUCUCUGAUUUUUGUUGCAGAAGUCAGUUUAAGUUGCUACAGAUUUUUUUUUUUUUUUAAGGGUUGUUUGGAGUAUGGGAAGAGUCAGGGGAAAGGGAAAGAAGCCAACGAUUAUUGCUUCUCGUGAGGAUUAUGGAAGUGGUGAAGAAUUGAAAAUUCCAGCUUUCAGGAGAAGGGGAAGGCCACAAAAGCCAUUGAAGGAUGAAGUCGAAGAAGAAGAAGCUGAGAAGAUGGUAGAAGAUGGUAAUGAUCCAAAAGUUUCCAUCUGUAGUAAAGAUAUAGGGAAUCAGGCUGCCAUAACAAAUGGAAGGAAGAGGAAGAAAUCCACACAGGCCAAAGAAGAGAAAGACACAGACAAACAUGACAGUAGCAUCGGACUAAAACCAAGUACUGAUGAAUCAAUGAAGUCUGUCGGAUUUCGACAAAAGGGGAGUAGGAGAAAAAGCAAGCCUCGACGGGCUGCUGAAGCUGGUGUUGAAUGCAAGUGAGGUUUGCUUCAUUUUGUAAUGGCCUUGCACCCUUUGCAAUGGCCAUAUAAAUCAUUACCGUAGAGUGUAACUUGUUGGCAUGCACAUGAGUCCGGAUGUUUCUUUUGUUAUAUGCUUUUUUGUUUCUGUCAAUUUUGAUUCAGAGGGUUUUUCCAUUUGGGAAAUAAACUAUCCUGUUUGUAAUCCGCUAUGAAGUUACUUAAUUUAUAUACUUUGUUUUCUCGAAAAAAGAAGUUACAUAUACUCCGGGAGGAUGCUUAAUAGUAAAUGAGCAAAUUUGAGGGACUCAAAGCUAUUUGUAAAAUGAAUCUAAUUACCGAAUAGUGAAAAUUAGUGCAUUGCUGCAGGUUGAGGCUCAGAAAUGAAACAGAAGACUUGAAGCAAGGAAAGGCAUGGAUUAACAAUGUGAAUAAUAUUGGUUAACCGAAGCCUUUCCAGAAGACCUUGCUGCUGUAAUCAAUGGCCGGCUCAGCUGAACUUAGUAAGAUGCCGACAGGUUUACACCGGUCAGUAGCAGUCAUGGUUUGUUAUGAGCACUUUGAGAGAUGUAUAUUCAGU